AGACAGACAGACAGACAGACAGACAGACAGACCAACAGAAUACGAGACCAAAACAACAUGACACACGUCAACCCAUUUUGAUUGACAUUGUGUGUUGGGGGCACUGGUGUGUAAACAGCGUGGACUUGUGUAAUUGUCUCUAAUCCAAUUUGUAGUCUUAUUUUGGAGUGUGCUGGUAGGCUAGUUGUUAUAUCUGAGCCCUUAAUCGCCAUACAGAGAUAUCCUCCUCCUCCUCAUCCUCCUCCUACUAAUCUCUGCCUAACAGCUUCAUUCUCAUUGUUUCUCUUCAGUUUUAUGAAUGAAUAUGAAGAGUAUUCCUUCGUCCUUUUUCUCCUCUGUGGUUCUACUCCUCCUCUCCCGUCCCUCUGCUCCUCCUCUCCAGUCCCUCUGCUCCUCCUCUCCCGUCCCCCUGCUCCUCCUCUCCCGUCCCUCUGCUCCUCCUCUCCCGUCCCCCUGCUCCUCCUCUUCCUCCUGUUUCUCUUCCCCUCUUCUCCUCCGGUUUUCAGUUGAAGUUCAAGGAAGAUAUUAGAUCUGUAAACGAUUGGCUGGUUCUGGUCUCAUGUUGACUUGAAAUGCGCCGACCGUCUCGCUCCACUGCUCACUCCAUCGUCCCUCCUUCCUGCCUGGCCUCAUUCAGUAACCUCACUACCAGCUUAGCUUGUUGUGUUGUCGGGGGUAACGCUGUUGCCGGGGACGAUGUCUGAGCACAUGCAGCUGUCCUUAGCUUUGUGUAGGAUCGGCUUCUAUACGUGUUUCCGGGCACUGUGCUGUAAAGGACCUCCCCCAUCCAGACCAGAGUAUGAUGUGGUGUGUAUCGGACUGACCGGGGCUGGCAAGAGCAGCCUACUGGCGUGGCUAUGUAACGAGGGGAGCCACGGCAUCGGUCCUACCACAGGCUUCAGCAUCAAAGCAGUACCGUUCCCAAACGCCAUCUUGAAUGUAAAGGAACUCGGAGGAGCGGAGAACAUUAAGAAGUACUGGUCUCGCUACUACCAGGGUUCUCAGGGUGUGGUGUUCGUAUUGGACAGCGCUUCUUCAGACGAGGAGUUGGAGUCGGCCCGCAACGAGCUCCACUCUGCCCUGCAGCACCCCCAGCUCUGCACCCUGCCCUUCCUCAUACUGGCCAACCACCAGGACAGACCUGCUGCACGCACACCCAACCAGGUAGACUGUUGGACUACAUUUACAUUUAAGUCAUUUAGCAGACGCUCUUAUCCAGAAGCGACUUAGAAAUCGGAUAGCAUUGAGAUUUUCACAGCUUUUCACUUUCUUACAUAUUUCAGUGUAGUUACAUCAUAUUUCAAAACUAGUUACAUACAGUAUAUAUAUAUUUUUAUACCUUUAUUUAACUAGGCAAGUCAGUUAAGAACAAAUUCUUACUUUCAAUGACAACCUAGGAACAGUGGAUUAACUGCCUUGUUCAGGGGCAGAACGACAGAUUUGUACCUUGUCAGCUCGGGGAUUUGAACUUGCAACCUUCCGGUUACUAGUCCAACACUCUAACCACUAGGCUACCCUGCCGACUAUUUUUUCCCAAUGUACACAAACAUCCAAUGGAAGUGUGGAUCAUGAUUUAACCCUUAGGAAAGACACACAGAGGUUGUAGAGGUUGGAGCAGCUAGACCCUGGAACAGUUUGAGGUAUUCAGUGCCUUGCUCAAGGACACAACAGCAGGAUUUGACACCAGCUCAUCAGAUCUGGGCAGAAACUAUCUGUUUUCUCUUUCUGUUAUCUGAACAUACCAACUUUUCAAAUACUUGAAAUUAGUCAAAUAUAAUUUAUAUAGAUUUUAAAAUGAAAAGGCAACUCGUUUUCUUUCUUUGAUAUUCAAAUACAGGUCUCAGAAAAAAACAAAUCAGAUUUGAAAGCGUUUUGAAUACCACUCAGAAAACCAAAUCAUAAUUUAAGGUAUUUGAAUAAAUGCAAGUUAUUUGAAAACAAAACAACAACAAAAAAAUGAACCAAAUAACUACAACAGUUAGUUGAAUGAGUCUAAAUAUAUAAUCGUUAGCACAUGGUCGGGAGGGUCUCUUAGAUAGGAAUCUUAAUAUAGCGUAUUAGCCUAGAAUGAAAUACAUGAGGGAUAUGGAAUCACCUUGACACAGACCACUAACACAAAUCACUUUACACGUAUUUUCGUAAUGAGCGAGAGUACUAUUGAAACACUUGACAUCACGUUCUUGUGCGUGUGCAACAACUGUGUGAUUAUUACAACAGAGACAUUUGUUGUUACAUAGGACUUGUGGAAAAUGUAUUUUAUAAUUACAUAAUAAUGGAGUUAUUACAAUGGAAAUAAGAAAUGUGUCACUAUUCCUCUUGUGUACAGUAGUUACAAAAACUCUCAGCCAGAGUUCUCAUGCAAUUUACCAAAGUAUUAUGGAACAACGUGCUCGUAAAAUGUUGCUUCAAAAGUAAUUACAGUUUCAUUACACAAUUACAAGAACAUUAUACACAGGAACAGUUUAAACGUUAAGUGCUACAGAGAAUGCUAACAGUAACAAAGUAUGGCUAAUAAGUUUUCAAAAGGAAACUUAAAUACCCCCAAAACUGCCUAGGAUGAAAAUCAUGUUAGUUGGUAUUUGGAGUAAACUCUCCCUGAUGGACAAACAGGUUCAAAGAUGUUUUGGCUAAGCAUCCAAUUUGCUGUUUGCAAAAUGUUUGCAAAAUGUUUUUGCAGUAUUUUUCUGGUAUCAUAAAAUGAAUUAUGAAUUACUCCUUAUUGAAGGAGUCAUACAGUAGUUGAGCAUCACAAUGUGCACUACUUAGCCACAUUUCCAAUAUCUCAUUCCAAAAUCAUGGGCUUUAAUAUGGAGUUGAUCCCCCCCUUUGCUGCUAUACUAGUCUCCACUCUUCUGGGAAGGCUUUCCACUAGAUGUUGGAACAUUGCUGCUAUAACAGUCUCCACUCUUCUGGGAAGGCUUUCCACUAGAUGUUGGAACAUUGCUGCUGUAACAGUCUCCACUCUUCUGGGGAGGCUUUCCACUAGAUGAUGGAACAUUGCUGCUAUAACAGUCUCCACUCUUCUGGGAAGGCUUUCCACUAGAUGUUGGAACAUUGCUGCUGUAACAGUCUCCACUCUUCUGGGGAGGCUUUCCACUAGAUGAUGGAACA